AUGUCGGAGAAGAUCGAGACAAAGGACGAGAUCUACCAUGAGGAGGCCAUCACUGGCGAGGGCCGUCGCGCCACAAUCACCUCGUUGAACUUGAACAAGAAUCUCGAUGCCAAGGUCGCAAAUCCUCUUGCCGACAUCCCGUACGACACCUUGAUGCGCGAUGUCGAGCAGUUUGCCCGGGAAAAACAUCUCGAGGACAUCACCGACAUCCUGAAGAAGGGCGCCCUGGUUGCCCAGAACCCCUCGAGGUGGCAGGAGGUCGAGGGCUUGACCGACGAGGAACAGGCCUACAUCCAGCAGGAGCACGACCACAAGUGGAAGCAUCCGCUUGCUCUUUACUUCACCAUCAUUGUCUGCUCCAUUGGCGCUGCCGUCCAGGGUUGGGACCAGACCGGAUCCAACGGCGCAAACCUUUCUUUCCCUCAAGAAUUCGGCAUUGGCCAUGGCGAGGACCCAAGCCACCCCAACUACACUCGCGAUAGCUGGCUCGUUGGUGUCGUGAAUGCCGGCCCCUAUCUCGGAUCCGCUUUCAUUGGCUGCUGGCUUUCGGACCCCUUCAACUAUUACCUCGGUCGUCGUGGUACCAUCUUCUGGUCCGCCGUCUUCUGCGUCCUGACCCCGAUCGGAGGUGCCAUCACCCGGAACUGGUACCAGCUCUUCAUCACGCGCAUUCUCAUGGGUAUCGGUAUGGGUCUGAAGGGUGCCACGGUGCCCAUCUUUGCUGCCGAAAACGCCCCAGCCAGAAUCCGCGGUGCCCUGGUCAUGUCAUGGCAGAUGUGGACAGCCUUCGGCAUUUUCCUGGGAUUCUGCGCAAACCUUGCCGUGUACAAGGUCGGUAAGAUUGCCUGGCGCCUGCAGAUUGGCUCUGCCUUCAUUCCCGCCGUCCCGCUCGUCCUGGGUAUCUACUUCUGUCCUGAAUCGCCGCGUUGGUACAUGAAGAAGAACAGGUACCGCAAAGCAUACGAAUCUCUUUCGCGACUCCGCUUCCAUCCCAUCCAGGCCGCUCGUGACCUCUACUACAUCCACUGUCAGCUUGAGGUCGAGGCGGCCAUUGUCGGCGAGUCAAACUACGUGACUAGAUUCAUCCAGCUCUUCACCAUUCCCCGCGUCCGCCGUGGCACCCUGGCUUCUUUCGUCGUCAUGAUUGCGCAGCAGAUGUGCGGCAUCAACAUCAUUGCCUUCUACUCGUCCACCGUCUUCAGAGAGGCCGGAGCCAGCCAGAAGGAAGCCUUGAUCGCCUCGUUCGGAUUCGGCCUUGUGAACUUCGUCUUUGCGUGGCCCGCCAUCUGGACGAUUGACACGUACGGCCGUCGCACGCUCCUGCUGUUCACAUUCCCGCAAAUGGCGUGGACGCUGCUCGCCGCCGGCUUCUGCUUCUACAUCCCCAACGACAGCAAGGCUCACCUGGGCCUCGUGGCUUUUUUUAUUUAUUUAUUUGCGGCAUUCUACUCUCCUGGAGAAGGACCGGUGCCCUUCACUUACUCCGCAGAGGUCUUCCCGCUGUCCCACAGAGAAGUCGGCAUGGGCUGGGCCGUUGCGACGUGCCUUUUCUGGGCUGCCAUAUUGUCCAUUUCGUUCCCUGCCAUCCUCCAGGCGUUUAAGCCUCAAGGCGCGUUCGGCUUCUAUGCCGGCCUCAACGUGGUAGCUUUCGUGAUGAUUUUCUUGUUCGUGCCCGAAACCAAGCAGCGUACACUUGAAGAGCUCGACUAUAUUUUUGGUCUACCCACAUCAAAGUUCAUCUCGUACCAGACGGGCAAGGCGCUGCCUUGGUGGAUCAAGCGUUACGUGCUCUUCCAGAAGGAUGCCAAGCUCGAGCCGCUGUACCACUUCGAUAAGGGCAUCGAGGGCGCAGAGGCGGACUCGUCUGACAACGAGAGGGCGGUUACGGAAGUCAAGAUGUAG